AUUAAGUCAUUCUUUACUCUCUUGUUUGGUUAAUGUCUCAGUUCAUUUCCUCUUCACAAGUUUUUCUUCAGAAUUUAAAGCCUUCUUAAUUGUUUAGAUUCACUCUAUUCUAUUAAAUUCUUUUCCUCCUCCUGUUAUUAAUGCUUCCUUUACUUCUUUUCCUCAAUAAGUUUUCUUGUGUUCAAUUCACACUUCUCUUCAUAGUGUCACUAAAGAUUUUCUGCAAUAAUCCUAAAUUCUCUCUGUUUCUGUGAGUGAAGGUUCUGAAUAUAAGUAAAUGGUGUUUGAGUUAAAUAUAGCGACUGUGAGAAUUCAUAUAGCCGACUCCAACUUGGUGGAAAUAAAGUUUAGUUGUUGUUGUUGGCAUAGUGGCUUACUGAAGUUUUUUUUUUGUUGGGUAAAAGUGGUGCAAUACCAUUUUCUCCUAGUUUAGAACAUGUUUCUGUUAAGGACUUUCAAAAGUAGUAGUAGAAUUUUAAAGUGUCCAAGUAAAUUUCAAUUUUACAGGGCCCAAUGCACCAUAUUUUCUUUAAUACUAUAAAGUAUCCAAAGGUGAACCAUGUUUUACAUUCACUUUUCUAAAGUUUUGGAGUUGACUGAUAUAUUCACGACCUAACUCAUUGGCCCUAUCUAUGGUUUUACUAUUACUCCUAACUUUGAAUAACUUAUUCAUAUAAUAAUAAUAAUUACUGAUUAAUCAAAUUCUAUUAAAUUACAUCCAUGAUAUUUAUGAUCUUUCAUGAGUGUUAACAUGGCUAAAAACUUUGUUUCUAGAAGGGCAGCCGGUGUACAAGGCAUCUCGUGUUCACGUAGGGGUCCGUGGAAGGGCAGCACUCCAAGGGGUGUGAUAUAGACAACCUACCCUAAUGAAAGGCUUCCACGGCUCGAACCCUAUAGGUUAUACGUGGACAAUUUUACGACAAUGGAAGAAAUGAGACAGAAGGUUCUAUACACUAGUCUUGAACUUGAAAAACUGAAAAUGGAAGCAAGUGAAGAAAAGAGAAAGAACAAUGAAUAUGUGAAGCAAUUAAUCAAACUCAUAAAGAUGGCUUAUCAAGAAAGAGAUGAAGCAAGAGAUCAACUUCAGAAACUAGUCAACAAAAUCAAUCAGGCUGAUUUGCUCAAUCCCCCUUCUCAAAUCCAAGUUGAUUGCUCACUAGUUAAGGCUACGAAGGCGAAUUCAAGCACUAUUGAAUCGAAUAGUCUCACUGAAACAUACAAUUACCAAUCACAGAAUUCAUCCCCCGUCGAGUCCUUUUUGGAUGCUGUUACAUCCCCUGAACUUUCCAACAUCAAUGUGGCUGAUUCAAAUGCAAUGCCAUUUGUAAACCAGCCUCUCGUUCCGGUUUCAUACACUGUUGUCCCUCAAGAAAUGGCAAAAGUUGAUCUUGAUCCGGCCUCGUUGGUUAUUGAAAGUCUUGUUAAGGGAAAGACAUUGCCUCAACAAGGGAAAUUCCUUCAAGCUGUUCUUGAAUCAGGGCCACUUUUGCAAACAUUACUUGUAGCCGGACCGCUUCCUAGAUGGCGUAAUCCGCCUCAGUUUCAGCCAUUACAUAUUCCACCAGUUUCAAUCAAAGGUUGUGAAGCUGGUAUUGUCACUCAGAAUAAUGCUGCAAAUUCUAGUCAGCCUUACUUUGAGAUGACUUGUGGAUCAUCUCAAAUGUUGUCACCUUAUUUAGGAUAUCACAGAUUGGUGUCUGCAGGUGAAAAUUGUAACAGUUUUGUUCACCUGGACAAGAGACAAAGGUUGCAGUGAAACAAGUUGAAGCAUGCCUUUGUUUCUGAUUUUUGUAUAAAAUUUGAUUUUAAUUGAAAUAGCUAUAACUUGAUGAAAUAGUUGAAGGAAAGAGUAGUUUAAAUUUCUUUGUCAGACCUUCAGCUCUUCAUUAGUAUAAUCUUUGUAGUUCUUGGAGGCAAUUACAAGUGCUAUAUUGACAUUUUA